AUGCCGACCUACAAGACGAGCCAGGAAUGGCUGGAGCAGUCCUCCCUCCUCCUCCAAGCCCGCCCAGCAACCACCAGAAUCACAACGAAAUACUCGAUUAAACCUGUCAAGCCGCGAAAGUCUAAGACCCCGACGGAGGAUGCUACCACGACCGAAGACGCCCCCAUGACGGACGCCAAACCGCCACGGGGAUCCCUUGUCCUCAAGACCUUCGAUCCGGUCAGCGGCGUCACGCUCAAGUACCGCACCACCAAGGCCGCCGAGGUCUCCCGCCUCAUUACCUGCCUCGGCACCCUGAGCCGCACCAUGUCGACCUCCAAGGCGCCUGUCGAGGUCAAGGACGAGCCGAUGGCGGAUUCUGCUGGCGCCCCCGUGGCUGGAGAAGAUACCCCUGUUGGUGCUUCUGCUGGUGCGCCGACGCCGGCUGGUGCCGGUGGCGGUGGUGGAAAGAAGAAGAAGAAGGGCAAGAAAUGA